CCUAUUUUCCUGAGUCGAUCCGACUCGAGGCAUGGACUCAAUUCAAACUCCCAAUCUCUGCUUCCUUCUGAAAUCCUCCGACGUGAUCAAGAGACCGACCUUUUUUAAUCUGUCAUUUCGAUUCCCUAGGGUUCCGUCUUGUGUCGCUGCGUAUACGAAAGUAAACCCUGACAACGAAGGAGGAACUGGAAAGAGCACAACAGAAGGAUGUCUUCUCGUUCCCAGUUCGCAAGUGCGCUGGGACGAAGCCGUCAGAUUGACAAGAGAGCAAGACCUAUUUCUGAUGGCCCACAGUCUGAUGACUAUAUGCCUUCCUUAUGCGGCAAACCAUCAGUGAGAAAAAGGUUGAAGAGCAAUGCAACAAUUCCAAUUCUUAUAGAAACCAUUAUGAAAGGAAAUGUCGGAGAACAGAAGGUCAUUAUUCAAGAUUCAUGAAUAAGAAUCCCAGGGACAAGCAGAUAAAAUCUAAUCGUGAGGUUGGUAAAGAUGAUCUUAGAUGGAAGCUUAUAAGGAAAAGCUUAUCUCGAAGAAAGCAUCUUGUGGCUGAAGGACAACAUGAUGUUGUUCUGCGUGAAAAACUAUCUCGGAAUGUACAUGCUUCUAGCAGUUCUAAUGCCAAACAACAGCCAAAAGAGUCAAGUGUCCCGAGCCUUGGGAGAAGAAUACCUCCUGCAAGAAGUGCAGAUAAUUUGCUUGAAUUUGAUUCACAUAGAAAGACAUGUUCAGUGACUUUGGAUCAGCCAAGGCAUAGUUCUCCAGAUAGGCUCAUCUGUAUUCCAAGGCAUAUUUCUCCUUCUAGAAGAUACAAGGAACGACAGCAUGUAUCUGGGAUAAGAUCUCUAGAUGCUUCUAUGCCUAGUUAUCCGACAAAUGAUGCAGUAGGUAACACUUCUAGAGCUCUUACUAUGACCAAAACUAUUUCUGUAGAUGCAGCAAGGCUAUUAGUUCGAGCUCCUCCACCAGGAGCUAUUGUGCAGAGAAGUGUAUAUUCGCUCGGGGAACCUCUUACAGUUGGCGACCUGCUAAAAUCACUUGGUCUGGAUAAGUAUACCAUACUUUUCCAAUCAGAAGAGGUGGAUAUGCUUGCGUUAAGGCAGAUGGGAGACAAUGACCUAAAAGAAAUGGGAAUUCCAAUGGGUCCAAGGAAGAAAAUUUUACUUGCAGUUUUAUCUCACACAAAAUGUCAUCAGCAAUGCUAACUUCGAUCUCAUACUCGAUCAAUUUUGUGUUGUUCAUUGCCAUGGUUGGUCAUAUCAAACUGAAGUUUUGCCAGUUUGUCACUACCAUUAGAGAUCUCAUUGCUAAUGCUAUUGCACGUGCACAUCUUGGAACCUCUUUAUGCUCCCCUCAUUAGUAAGAUAUACAAAGAAUGGGCAUAUGCUCUCUAAUCGACUCUCCUAUCAAAAUUUUCAAUUACAAUAGAUUAUGUAUAGGACUUGAAAUUGGUGCAGGCUGAUCUUCUUUGACCAUUAUAUAUUUGCUACGAUCUCAUGUUUCUUGGAAAAUUACAUCACUGGUCCUCAAAGUUUGUCUUUUUUUGAGUUCA